AGCUGGCGACCAAGGUGUUACUGUAACGUGAGACUGGGAGCUUCGUUUGGAAGGAAGACACGAUGUUUCUUCGGAUCAUCUCCGCCAGCUGGUUCGGAUGUGGUCGCAGAGUUCCGAGGGAAUCCCUGCGCAAUGUUGCACUUGGCGCAGCAAGGCAGGAAAGGCAUGCUUCAAGUUCAGAGGGCUCCCUAAAGAAGACGGAGCUGUUUGACUUCCACAGGCAGCAGGGAGGGAAGAUGGUGGAGUUUGCUGGCUGGAGCAUGCCGGUGCAAUACAAGGACAGUCACAUCAGCUCCCACAUGCAUACCCGCCAGCACUGCUCCAUCUUUGACGUCAGCCACAUGCUGCAGACCAAGGUCCAUGGGAAGGACAGAGUGAAAUUCAUCGAGUCGCUUAUAGUUGGCGACAUAGCUGAGCUCAAAGACAACCAGGGUACACUUUCACUCUUCACAAAUGAUAAGGGAGGAAUAAAGGAUGACCUGAUCGUGACCAAGACGGACCAGGGCUAUCUGUACGUGGUUUCCAAUGCUGGCUGUGCAGACAAGGAUUCAGCCCACAUGGAGGCCAAACUGAAAGAGUUCAAAGCUGCCGGCCAUGAUGCAGAUCUUGAGUAUCUUGAUGAAAGUUUGAUUGCAGUCCAAGGUCCCUCCAUGGUGCAGGUCCUUCAGCCUGGCUUACCUGAUGACCUCAGCAAGUUGACUUUCAUGACCAGCACCUUGACAACAGUGUUCGGAAUCCCGGGUUGCCGGGUGACACGCUGUGGUUACACAGGAGAGGAUGGGGUAGAGAUUUCUGUUCCACGUUCGGCAGUCGUAGCCCUGACAGAGCGUCUGCUAGCCAACAGCGAGGUGCGACUCGCCGGCCUAGGGGCGCGGGACAGUUUGAGGCUUGAAGCAGGACUUUGUCUCUAUGGCAAUGACAUUGAUGAGACCACCACCCCAGUGGAGGCCACCCUGGUGUGGACUAUAGGAAAGCGGAGGCGUCAAACCAGGGACUUCCCCGGUGCAGAAAUCAUCAUCCCACAGAUCAAGGCCAAGACGAAGAGGAAGCGAGUGGGCCUGUUGUCCACAGGACCGCCUGUCCGGCAGCACACUCCCAUCCUGAGCCCUGAGGGAAAGGUCAUAGGUGAAGUCACUAGUGGUUGUCCCUCCCCCUGUCUUAAGCAGAACAUUGCCAUGGGUUAUGUGGAGGCGGGGUUUAGCAAGCUGGGCACACCCAUCCAGGUGGAGGUGAGGAAGAAGGCAGUGAAUGCGGUUGUCACCAAGAUGCCCUUUGUACCCACAAAUUACUACACUGGCCAGUAAAGCUGCUGGUCACUGACUGGGGAGAAACCUGAUAGUACUGUGUUGCUGUUCGGCUGGGGCAGUGGUACUCAAACCUGACUGGCUCAGCAGCUUCAUUCGUGAUCAUCCUUGAUCAACACACACAUACAUAUACUGACAUACAUACAUUUUUAGUACUGAGGCAGACUUUUUUCAUGUCAGACACACAUUGAAGAAAAGCACACCUGAGUUUGCAGUUUUUCGGUUCUGUUCUUCUUUUUAGCCUUGACUCAUGGCACUGACUCUGCCAAAGACUUGUCUCAGGCGCUUUUUGUACAAUCUGAAUAUGAGUCUGCCUGGUUGAGUAAUACAGUAACUGAGGUUAGAGGUUAAAGGUCUUCACUAAUUCUGAUCACGGUGUACUAGUGGAAGCCUAGCAUUGCCAUCCUUUCAUGCCCCCCUUGCAGUUUUCAAGUGCCUGAGAUCAGUCAUGUGUGACAUCCUGUAAUGUCAUAUUCAAAACAGCAGUGCUUUAUUUAAACUGCCAUAUCCUGACUUGCACCACCUGACACCACUGCUGACUAAUAUGCCAGUGUGGUAUACCCACAAUGUAGUAUAUAUGGAUAAACUGAGAAAUUGUUUUUAUAAUUAUUAUUUUUUAUCAGUAAGUUUGUAUAUUACUUUUUAGAAAAUGGGGUUAGAAUGACGGUGCCAAAAUUAGGACACCCCUCAAAAUAUUUAGGUCUAAAUCUCUAAACAAAAGGCAGUUUAUACUUACCAGAAACACGAGCUCCAAAUGUUGAAAUUUAAGCAUUAUUUGUUAUUGAUUUUCAAAAGGGUUUAAAAUAAUCUCUUCAUUUUUUUCCAAAAGUUAAUAAUAUACUAAACCAGCUGUAUGCAGAAUGGAUGUAGGAUGAGUGUUGGAGUUCUAUAGACUGUUUUUUCAAGGAGUUAACGGUUCUCAGUUGAAAUUGCUUGCGCUUUUUUCUAGUGAAAAAUUAGAGGCGUCGAUUGUGCAAUGACCUUACAGUACGUACACUAUUGUAUAUGUCACACUAACCUCCGUAUGUCUAAAGGUUCAGUCCACCAAUCAAGUGUCUGUCUCUGUCCCUCUAAUUAACACAGUAGAGUGGUGUGACAGUUCGUAUCUGUGCAGUUUUUACUCGUUUCUGUAAGGAUAUCCCGUGCCAUGUCAAGUCCUGUAGUUGGAAUGAGUACUGCAGGAGUGGAUUCUGGUGCAAUUACUAAAUUAGUUUACAAAUGUUA